UUUGUUAGAUGUCUUGUCAAGAAAAAGAUUGCAAUGCUUUACAAGAAUUGGAGAAAGACUUAGGCCCGUACCUGAAUGAAAUUCAAAAAGAAUUGUUGUAUCAGUUGAUGAUACAAAUCACAAGCUAAAGAAAAGAAAAAGAAGCCAGCACAUCUUUGCGUAAGAAACAUCUAGCCCAGUUAAUAUUUAACGUAUAUUUGACAGAAAAACAAUGUCAAAGCCACUGUGCAGUUAUAAGUUAUACAUCGCUACAGACAAGCGUCGAAGAAACACAAAUUCCAUUUAUUAACAAAUAGUAGUACCUGUAAAUUUUAAAACUUGGAAACUGAAAUACUAUUUUUAGCAAUUGCUAUUUUUGAAUUUAAUGAAUUGUUGAAUUAUUCAAUUAUUUAUAUUCUGUGUGAGUGUUUGCCUACUUUGGCCUUCAUUCAUUAUGUCAGUUGGUGAUCAAGAUGGAAUUAAUUCAUUAUUGGAAAAGCUUGGUAAUCCGGGAAAAUUUCAAGUGAUUUCUUACGCUAUUUUAGUCACGAACGUUUUUUGUGUGAUAUCCAAUCAUCUCAGUGCGGUAUUUUACACCGCAAAGACCGAGUUUUAUUGUCGUGCGAAUUAUAAUGAAAGUAAUGUGACACAGUUCAAUCAUGAAAAAGAUGAAUGCUCAAUUAAGUAUUUAAAAAAUAAUGUCUCAGUGACGGUACCCUGUAGUAACGGAUGGAUUUAUCGUUUAAAACACGGAGAAAAUACUAUAAUUUCUGAGUUUAAUCUUGUAUGUGGUGAUGCAUAUAAAAGUGAACUUUCAACAACCCUCUAUUUUGGUGGUGUUCUUGUUGGUGCCUUGCUUUAUGGUGGUCUUGCUGACAAGUAUGGACGAAAACGUUGUCUUGCAAUAGCUCAGGUUUUAUCUGGAGUGUUGAGCUUUGCAGUUGUUUUCAUCAGAUAUUUUUACGCUUAUGCUGUGCUAAGGUUUUUCCUAGGGAUUCAGUUGCAGGCUUUAGUCAUGGUAUCUUUCGUUCUUGGCAUGGAGAUGUGCACGACAAAGUAUCGUGGGCUAGUGGGUGUAGCUUUUGGGAUUUUUAGUAUGGCUGGUGGAGGUAUUCUUGGAGUGAUAGCAUUUUUCAUACGUGAUUGGAAAUAUAUACAGCUUACAUUAUCAUUUUUCCCUUUCAUUCAACUUUGUUUAUUAUGGUUUGUGCCUGAGUCUAUUCGCUGGUUAAUACUUCAUGAAAAGUUUGAUAAAGUGGAGAGAGCUAUCCAACGCAUCAAAAGUUUUAAUAAUCUUCCACAAUCUGCUGACGUACUACAGGAAAUAAAGAUGUUGAAAGAUCGAAGAAUGAACGACUUGGCACGAAAGGGAAACAUUGUGGAUCUCUUCAAGUCAACAGAAUUAAGAAAGCGAAGUUUUUUAUUGUUACUUGGAUGGUUCACUGUUUCUGCAGCAUAUUAUGGUUUAUCUUUUAACAUUUCGUUUCUUUUUGGUGAUAAAUAUCUCAAUUUCGGCGUUGGUAUUGUCAUGGAUACGCUAGUUAUAUCUGCGUCGUUUUGGGCCUUACCAAGGUUUGGCUGUCGCAGACCUAUCGUGUUACUUUUUGCUGUAUGUGGAAUUGCAAAUUUUGUUUCAGUAGCGACAACUGCUGUUCAGUCUGAUAAACUAGUUGUUAAAUUGCUGGGAACUGUCACGUCUCUUGUUGGAAAAUCGUCAGCCAUUGCAAGUUUGAAUGCUUUGUCGAUAUUCACAGCCGAACUUUAUCCUACAGCUAUAAGAAAUGCUGCUGUGGGAUUUUGUUCCGCAUGUACAAGAAUGGGUGGUAUGCUGGCAUCACAAAUAUUUUUAAUUGGAUCUUACACAGCAGUUUAUGUUCCUUUUGGUAUACUCGGAGUCCUGUCAGUCAUAAGUUGUGUGUUAGUCCUUUAUCUUCCCGAAACUCACAAUAAAGCGUUGACGGAUACUUUACACCGACGAUCUUCUGUUCUCGUUGAAGAAGAUUUCUGUGAUGUUGAUGCUAAGGAUUGCACUGAAGAGAAGCAUCUUGUUCAAGAGACCUCUUUGUAGUUUUAAAUUGUAACAUAAAUUUAUAUUUUUGUAAUUGGCAGAUUUCUUAAGUAAAUAUUUCUGAAGGACCAAACAAACAUUAGGGUAGCCAUUGCCUUUAAGUCCUGUAAUGAAAAUUUCGCUCUGUGAACAAAUGAGAUUCUUAGAUUGUCGUUUUUAUUUUUAGAUAGAAUUUUAUUGUAUUUUGAAUGACAAAAUAAGAGAUAGAAGUGCUCAUUUUUUUCACGAUUGCUAAUUCAAAUAUAAAUACUGCAGAGUUUG